ACCCGCUCAUGCACUCGCAUGUGUCGGUUGCAGACCGGUGGAGGGCUGCCGGGACGGGACAGCAGAACCGGGACAAAAACAAAGCCUCCACGCAGGAUGGACUGCUGGAACUAGCUAGCGGAAAACAACAUGGGGAAACCACCGCUCACCACAGAGGAUUGGCUUUCUCAUGAAACAUAGCAUUUUCCGCCACACUGCUUCAUCCGGGCUGAUGCGAAAAGGACAUUAUGAACUGACUGAGGGAGUCAGCGAACAGAUGAGUCACAUAUGAGUGAUAGCUGAUGUAACAUCGUUUGUGCCUGAGUCUUUUUGCUGACCAUGGAGCAAAUUGGAGCAACAGAAAGGGAAAAAGUGUUUUUUCUCAUACGUUCACCCUGCCAUUGACAAAACAAAUUACAGUCUCAGGCAGUGGAGAGGCGAUGACCUAAUUCAGAUGAAAUGACCUCAUACUGAUAAGUAGCUGGCCUCCUCACUGGGUGAUGGAACAUAAUCACAAAUGGACUCUUAUCAUCAAGGCUGGAGUGUGUGAGGUUACAUGAUAUUUCCGUGUGUGUCUUUGUGUGUGUGUAUGUUUAACGCAGAGGAGUGAGUUUUGAUGCUACAUGCAGCAAUGUUGCGGCGUGGACUGCUAGCCUGGGUCUCCCGUGUUGGAGGCGUGCUGGUGCUCCUCUGCUGCUCCCUGUCGCUCCUUUAUGUGAUGACCUGCAGCCCCCCCCACUCUGAUGGCCCUCCGCUGAGCCAUGCUCUCCCCCGCGCUGGACCCAACCACCCCGGCCUAGGGGGCACGGGGCCGGGGAUUGGAGCAGGCAUCGGUGGGACAGGAGGAGCCCGAGCUCCUCAAAGCGGUGGACAGCCCGGUGUUAAAUCUUAUCAGGCGCUCCUCCAAGAGCGCGAGGAGCAGCAUCGCCUCCACAUCUCCUCCUUGAAGAAGCAGAUAGCUCAGCUCAAGGAGGCUUUGCAGGAGCGUAGCCAGCAGCUGAAAGGAGUGCAGGAGAGCCUGAAGAGAGCUGCUGGGGGCCCAGCAGAGGGACAGGAAGCCGGGGCUGUGUCCCAGGGAGGCGGUCUCGGGGAGGCUCAGGGAGCCAAGAGCCAGCAGGCGGACCUCCAGGAGUUCCUGCGGAGCCAGCUGUCGAAGGCCGAGGUGACCGCAGGCACCAGGCUGCCCAGCGAGUAUGCGGUGGUGCCCUUUGAGAGUUUCACCCUGCAGAGGGUGUACCAGCUGGAGAUGGGGCUGACGCGUCACCCCGAGGAGAAGCCCGUGAGAAAGGAUAAGAGAGAGGCGCUGGGGGAGGUGCUGGAGAUGGCCCUGCACAGUCUCAACACGCCAUUAUCCCAGCAAGACAGCAGGGGCGCAGCGGAAAAAACUCAAACAAGCAAAGUGUUCACACCAUCUGACUUCAUAGAAGGUAUCACCCGCACAGAGAAGGACAAAGGGACGCUGUAUGAGCUGAGCUUCAGAGGGGAGUCCAGUAAUGAAUUCAGGCGCCUGGUCCUCUUCCGUCCCUUUGGACCGCUGAUGAAGGUGAAAAAUGAGAGGGUGGACACAGCAAAUGUCCCGAUUAACAUCAUUGUCCCGCUGUCCAGACGCACGGACAAGUUCAAACACUUCAUGCACAACUUCAGGGAAGUCUGUGUGCGUCAGGACGGCCGGGUCCAUCUGACGGUGGUGUAUUUUGGGAAAGAGCAGAUGAGCGAAGUCCGCAGCACUCUGGAGAACACAUCCAGGGAAGUACAUUUUAAGAACUACACUCUGCUGCAGCUGGACGAGGAGUUUUCUCGGGGACGGGGUCUAGACGUCGGGGCCCGAGCCUGGAAGGGAGGCAAUGUGCUGCUUUUCUUCUGCGACGUGGACAUCUACUUCACCGUUGACUUCCUCAACACCUGCCGACUCAACACGCAGCCCGGUAAAAAGGUGUUCUACCCGGUGUUAUUCAGUCAGUACAACCCAACUCUGAUCUAUGGAAGUCCUGAACAUGUCCCACCUGUGGAGCAACAGCUGGUGAUCAAGAAAGACACAGGGUUCUGGAGGGAUUUCGGUUUCGGCAUGACCUGCCAAUACAGGUCCGACUUCAUCAACAUAGGAGGUUUUGACAUUGACAUCAAGGGCUGGGGCGGGGAAGAUGUCCACCUGUACAGGAAGUACCUCCAUAGCAACCUCCUCGUGGUCCGAGCACCGUCACGAGGCUUGUUCCACCUGUGGCACGAGAAACACUGCGCUGAUGAGCUCCCUCCAGACCAGUACCGCAUGUGCAUGCAGUCUAAGGCCAUGAAUGAGGCCUCGCAUGGCCAGCUGGGGAUGCUGUUCUUCAGGCACGAAAUCGAAGCUCACCUCCGCAAACAGAAACAACUGCAAAACUCAAACCCCAAGAAGACAUGAAGACUUAAAGGUGGUUGAAUUAUAAUAACUGCAAAGACUGUAAUCACUUGAAAUACCGCAGAUAAGACAACUUUAAAGGAAUAGUUCAACAUUUUGGACGGUAUGCUAAUUUGUUUUCUUGCAGAGAGUUAGAGAAGAGAAUAGAUAUCCCUCUCAAAUGUAAGAUUGGUAUCAAUCUUCUCAUCUUCUCAGAAAGAAAACAAAUAGGUAUAUUUCCAAAGAGGCGAACUACUCCUUUAAUGAAAAAUGUGAAGACUUUUUACUUUUCUUUAAAGAUAAUUUUUUAGUGCAUUUUAUUGGACAAUUGAAGAUGUGAAAAGGGGAGAGAGAGGGGGAAUGACAUUCAGAAAAGGGCUGCAGGUUAGAAUUGAACCCGCAGUUGCUGUGGCAAGGACUGAGCGUUUGUACAUGGGGCAUAUGCUCAACCAAGUGAGCUAUCCAGGCGCCCCAGUUUUUUUACUUUUCAAGGACUCUGAGCACAACCCUGAGCAAUGUGUUGCUCUGAAAAGGACAACAAAAAAUUAGGAUGAAUUCAAACUGGCUCGAGGAACUCAUCGACACAACUGGAGUUGGACAUUAUUCAACAGACUGUCUGAAACCAUCUGUAAUUUAAUAUCCAUUUGUAAUUUCCUCUGUAACUGCAGGAAAGUCUUUUAGAAGGAAAAUACAGCACCUAUGUUUGAGCUACGAAGUGCUUCUGAACUUUGUGCCUUCUGCCAUUAAAACCUGAACACGGUCUUUUCAAGAUGGCCAGUGAAGAAUUGAACGUACAGGUUUUAUAUGUAGGGAAACAGAGCCACCUAGUGGACUGAAAGUGGACAACAUGUUGGUGCAUAAACAAUGAAGGACUCUUUUAAAGCCUGGAAUGGCCUUGUUUUUUAAAUAAAUUAUUAAUUCCUUUAUUUAUGUUUGUUAUUAAUUCUUAAAUGCCACCAUGUAUAAGUAUUAUUAUUUCCGAUCUGUUAUUGCCUGGACAGUAUUCUGUGUGGGUCCAUUCACCUCUAUAAUGAAUGGAAAAACAUUGAAGGUUUUUGUCAGUAAAAUUACCGUUUUUCUCAAUAAGCAUCCUAAAUAUAAGAUGUAUGUAGGCUAUUUAUGCCCAACAUGUUAAAUAAUAAAUAUAAAUACAUAUAUUUUAUAUUAUAAUAUAAUGUUUAUUUAAAAUAAAAAUGUAAAAGAUAAAACAUAAUGUAGACUGCCCUGACAUUGACGAUGGCUUAACAAGUCAGAAUGACACUUAUUGAUCCUAAUAUUUUUGUUUUUGUCAAUCAAAUUACAUUACAUGUAUUACUGAGCAGUCACAGAAACUGGCGAUGUUAGGUUUAGAGAUAUAACUGUCUCGAUCGUUCCUUUAUAUUUGUUUUAAUAUAUAUUAUAUAUUUGUCUCCCAUAAAUCUUGCUCCAGCACUUCAAUUAAAGCGAGCUGUACUUUUGGUGGAUGACCAUAGAUGUGAAAAGAGGCGCUUUUUGAGUUGAAACAAUUGUUUGCUAUUGAAACAUUCCUUAUGAAAACAUUAAAUAUAAUUGAAAUGUACAUUUCAAGUUAUUUUUUCACUUCAUGUAAAUGAGUUGAAUAAAACCUAUUUCUGCAUUGAG